AUGUUUAACCCUAUCGCUAUCCACUUAAUUGAUGGCGUUGAUAUUGACCGACCAAUGAACGCAUUAACCUUAACACACGACCUUCAUAAGUUAUUCGGUAACUUUGAAAUUGCAUUCGAGCCGGUUGACUCCCAACCGCACACCUACAGAAUUAACUACAUAGAUUCAGACCGCAUGGGCCGGGUCGAAAAGCUUCCUGUCACUGUUAGCCUCUUCAUUACACCCAAUCGGGAUGUAGAGCCGCCUUCGCCUGAACUUCUUAGAAUCCAUAGUGCUAUUGGACGCAUCCUCCAUCUCAGUGCCGCUGGCGAGUAUAUCGAUGAGUUCAUUAGAGAUCUAGAAGAGAUGGAGAGUGGUGAAGUGAUGCAGAACGGAACUACUCGUCUUGAUGAUUAUGUUUGGUUUAGGCUUGGAGCGAUGUCUGUUCAUUAG